UUUAGGAAGAUUUACACAUUGCACUCUUCACCCUUUUACAUGCUACAGUCUGACAAUUAAUUUUCAAAAAGCAUCAGUGUUAAAAAAAAGAAAAAGAAAAUGCAUUUUUUUUUUUCCUCAAUAAAGAACGUUUCAAAUCUCAAUAAGGAUCAGAAGGACAUGUAAUUAUCUAUCAUACACAGCAUGUGUGUGUGGAUUAGGAGGAUCAAACUCGUGGGAGGAUUCACACAAGCUUGAGUGUCUACAGCGGAUAUAGGCUUUUCAGAUCAGACACUCAAUGGAAAAUGUUUCACAUGCUCGUUUUGUUCUGUUUGUGCUGGAGACGGCUGCUAGGUGUGUUUGGUGCUGAAACAAAUGAACUACAGUCAGUGAUGGAGGGAGAUUCUGUCACUCUAAACACUGAUGUUACUGAAAUACAUGAAGCUGAUGACAUAUUUUGGAUUUAUAGAGAUCAAAACUCUCUUAUAGCUAAAAUCAACAGAGAAAUUCAAGUUUCCUCCAUAUAUGAUGAUGUUCCUGAUGGGAGAUUCAGAGACAGACUGAUGCUGGACGAUCAAACUGGAUCUCUGACCAUCACAAACACCACAACUGAACAUGCUGGAGUUUAUCAACUACAGAUAAGCGGAGUGAAAGAAACAUUAAAAACAUUCAGUGUUUCUGUCUAUGCACGUCUGCCUGUUCCUACCAUCACCAGAGACUGUUCAUCAUCAUCUUCAUCAUCAUCAUCACAGCAGAAUUGUUCAUUGGUGUGUUCAGUGGUGAAUGUGAGUCAUGUGACUCUCUCCUGGUACAAAGGAAACAGUUUAUUGUCCAGCAUCAGUGUGUCUGAUCUCAGCAUCAGUCUCUCUCUACCUCUGGAGGUGGAAUAUCAGGAUAACAACACCUACAGCUGUGUGCUCAACAAUCCCAUCAGCAACCAGACCACACAUCUGGACAUCAGUCAACUCUGUCACACAUGUGCAGCACCAGUCUCUCAGAUAGCGCUGAUCUCUGCUGGAUCUCUGUUGAUUUUAGUUGCAUUCGGGAUCUUCUGCAUUUGCAGGAAAUAUAGAAAAACUGAUCAAGGCAAGCAUUACCUUCUGCUUUUAAGAAAACACGGGAAAUAUUCUCAAAGUUGAUGAUGCAACAGUUCAGAAUCAUGAUGAAGAGAUCAUUUACACUAAUCUGACCUUCUACAAAAGAAAUCCACAAACAAUGAGGGCUACAGAGGAGAAUCAUGUGGACUAUGCACCUGUCUGCAUAAGAUGAUGAAGCUUUCCGGAGUACAAGUCCCUUUCACUACAUGUUUGGAUUCAGUAUGUAAUCUCUGAUCUUUAGACAUUACAGACAUUACAUUGUUUAGAAUCCACUCUGAUGUGCAGGGGUCUGAAAUAAUUUAUUCUGGAACAAAAAUCUAAACAUUAACAUUCAUGGUAUUAGGAUAAACUUCACACCAAUCUCACUGAGCAGCAGCUGUUUGAGAGUCUGAGUGAAACCUGUUAUGGUCUUGCUAAUGUUAUUAUGCAAGUGCAUAAGUGCCUAUUAUUGAACAUUUGUGGUUGCUGUGCAUUUUAGAGCAUGUUAGAGGAAGAGCGUGUGGUCUUUUUUUCCAUUCCUGGCUGCUAUUCUGAAACUCAUUGUUUACCACAAUAUGCAUGAUCAUCCAUGAUAAUAAAUUAUCUCAAAUCAAAGAGUGAUUAACUGUGAAACCUUACUGUGUGAAAUGUACAAAUGUCAUGUAUUUCAUUUUGUAAGUGAGAAAUUAAAUAUUUAAGUACAUAUGCUUGCUUGCCUCGCUUUCAGGCUACUUGUUUUUUUUUGGUUUCCAAGGCGUCAAUAGCUAGAAAGUCUAUCAGGAAUCAGUUAAGACCAGUGUCAAUACAAUGGGCUAGAUGAAUCAAAUUAAUUAUUUAUUUUUUAUUUUUUAUUUUUUAUUUCAUUUUAAUUUUUGAUGUGGUGAUGUCACAAAACUUUAUGAGGUCCUUCAGGGCACUGCACCACUACAUAUCAAGUUUUGUACAUGCCAAUUCAAUUGGUAAAUAUAGCAUUUUAUGACACAAUUCUAAAUGGCUGAUGGCCAAAUAUGGUAAAAUUGAGUAUUGUUCAACUCAGCAUGCUGUGUUGAAUCUAAACAGACAAAUCUUGUAAUUUUUAACCCUUAAAGAAAAGAAAAACAUCACGGUCUGAGAGAUAACACUUUAUCAAACACUAACAUUUUUAUAUUGUUCAGGCUUGCAUGGAAAAACCAACAUGGAUCUGUAUUG